UUGAUCCACUUCAAAUGUUGACUACUAUAUCUUGCAAAUAACAUAUGAACUAAAAAAGGGGGGAAAGACAACAAAGUCAAUGAAGAAAAGAAAAGUAAAGUAAAGAAAAGAAACAUCUGGAAAAGGCAGUUUACCUGAAUUCACCCUAUAAUUUAAGUAUACCUCUUUUUAGUCUAAAAGAAGUAUACAAAUAGCACAGCUGAAUAAACUUUGUUUUUGUAAGGGUUGUUUUGUUUUAUAAUUCUUUGCUUACAUUUUGUGAAGCUGUUUACUGGUAGGUUCUGGCAACUUAUUUCUAAUAGCAAAAGUUGGCAUGUGCUAGUUGAAAAUGUUACAAUGUUUGCACGAGACAGACAGACAGACAGACAGCAGCGCUCACGUGGUCUCCGUCUGGCACGUGCCGCUCAGUAAACUACACGAUCACAAACAGGAGCACGUGUGUGACCCUAGUGACCUUGCGACGACCUCGGUCAAGCGUGGGCAAGGGGUUCAUCGCCCCAGACAGACCACAUUCCUGUCUGGAGUCUGCUGUUUAAAUAGCUCGGGAUGAAGACGGGUGACACACACCUGCCUCAAACCAGACAUGAUGCAGUCCUCCUCUCUGCCCGAGCGCGAGAAGAGCAUCCCCGCAGCUGACGGCUGUUUCCUGAUGCGGCGGGACUACAUGCACCUCCGCAGGACCCUGACGCAGCUGCUGGAGCAUCGCGACGGAGAGCAAGCCGCGGAGAGUUUCGUGAGAGCCGGCUCCAGCAGCAGCGUCUCCAGCACCUCCGGCUCCUCCAGCCGAGACCUGCGUACCCCGCGGGACUCCUGCGGAUUCUGCCGACAAAACGGAGAGACCCCGGUGGUGUACAUGAGUCACAGACUGAAAGCCCGAGACGGACGGAUCCUCUGCCCGAUCCUGAGGAGCUACGUGUGUCCGUUCUGCUCCGCCACCGGAGACUGGGCGCACACCCGCCACUACUGUCCGCGGAGAAACACACCGGAGACCGGCGACGCGUGAAUCCGCGGACUCCGUCAGGACUGUACGUCUGGGUUCGACGCUUGUUGGGAAAAUGUGUUCGAAAAGUUGUUUAUAUGUUAAUGGUUGAAACGUGUUUUUUAUGGUUCAUUUCAAAAUAAAAAUAUUUUUCUAAUGCAUCAAAAA